AAGAGGCCAUAUUGGGGGCUGACCCGCCAGAACCAGAGACGGACUCGGUGUGUCUCUUACCAGACAGUGCCUGCCUCCGAAUGAGCCCACUGGACCCUUACGGUGAAGUCAAGCCUGUGCUCGCACAUCAGACACCAGCCGGGGAACCCAUAUCAUCAUAGCCUCGUGGAGGCCCGGUUCGUGUGGGCGUUAGGAUUAAAGACCUGCAGGGAAGAGAAAGCAUCAAAGAGCCCAUCACUAAAGAUUCCGACAGCUCCAUGCUGUGUGCCACAGGCCGGCGUUGACCCCGGGGCUCUGCAGAGAGGAUGGGGGCGGACGGGGAAACAGGGGUCCUGAAGAACAUGCUCCUCGGCGUCAACCUGAUCCUUCUGGGCUCCAUGCUCAAGCCCUCAGAGUGUCAGCUGGAGGUGCCCACGGAAAGGGUCCAGAGACAGGCGGUGGAGGAGGAGGGAGGCGUGGCCAGCUACAACACCUCCGACAAUGAGCCGCCCGUGGUCUUCAACCACGUGUGCAACAUCAACGUGCCCCUGGACAGCCUCUGCUCCUCAGGGCUGGAGGCCUCUGCCGAGAGGGAGGUGAGUGUGGAAGACGAGGAGCCAGCCGAGUACCUGGGCCAGACCUCCGACCAGGAGAGCCAGGUCACCUUCACCCACAAGAUCCAACUCCCCAAACAGGCCUGCCCAUGCGCUGGUUCGGCCCAGGUGCUGCAGGAGCUACUCAGCCGCAUCGAGAUGCUGGAGAGGGAGGUGUCGGUGCUGCGGGACCAGUGCGGCAGCUGCUGCCAAGAUGGUGCUGCCACAGGACAACUGGACUACAUCCCUCAGUGCAGUGGCCACGGCAACUUCAGCCUCGAGUCCUGUGGCUGCGUCUGCCACGAGGGCUGGUUCGGCAAGAACUGCUCGGAGCCCUACUGCCCCCUGGGCUGCUCCGGCCGGGGCGCGUGUGUGGAUGGCCAGUGCGUCUGUGACAGCGAGUACAGCGGUGACGACUGCUCCGAGCUCCGGUGCCCCGCGGACUGCAGCGCUCGGGGGCUCUGCGUGGACGGGCAGUGUGUCUGCGAGGAGCCCUAUGUGGGCGAGGACUGCAGCCUGCUCAAGUGCCCCGGGGACUGUUCGGGGAAGGGGACCUGUGCCAACGGAACCUGCUGGUGCCAGGAGGGCUACGUCGGGGAGGAUUGCGGCCAGCGGCGGUGCCCGAACGCCUGCAGUGGGCGAGGGCAGUGCCAGGAGGGGCUCUGCUUCUGCAACGAGGGAUACCAAGGCCCGGACUGCUCGGCAGCUGCCCCUCCAGAGGACUUGCGAGUGGCUGGUAUCAGCGACAGGUCCAUUGAGCUGGCAUGGGACGGGCCGAUGGCAGUGACGGAAUAUGUGAUCUCUUACCAGCCGACGGCCCCGGCGGGCCUCCAGCUCCAGCAGCGGGUGCCUGGAGAUUGGCGGGGUGUCACCAUCACCGAGCUGGAGCCAGGUCUCACCUACAACAUCAGCGUCCACGCUGUCAUUAGCAACAUCCUCAGCCUCCCCAUCACUGCCAAGGUGGCCACCCAUCUCUCCACUCCCCGUGGGCUACAGUUCAAGACCAUCACAGAGACCACCGUGGAGGUGCAGUGGGAGCCCUUCUCCUUCUCCUUCGAUGGGUGGGAGAUCAGCUUCAUCCCAAAGAACAAUGAAGGAGGGGUGAUCGCCCAGCUCCCGAGCGAUGUCACCUCCUUCAACCAGACAGGACUGAAGCCCGGGGAGGAGUACAUCGUCAACGUGGUCGCUCUGAAGGAGCAGGCCCGGAGCCCCCCCACCUCGGCCAGCGUCUCCACGGUCAUCGAUGGGCCCACGCAGAUCCUGGUGCGAGAUGUCUCCGACACCGUGGCCUUCGUGGAGUGGACUCCCCCUCGAGCCAGAGUCGACUUCAUCCUCUUGAAGUACGGCUUGGUGGGCGGGGAAGGCGGAAAGACCACCUUCCGGCUGCAGCCCCCCCUGAGCCAGUACUCAGUCCAGGCCCUGCGGCCCGGCUCCUGCUACCAGGUGUGGGUCAGUGCCAUCCGCGGAGCCAACGAGAGCGAGGCCACGACCACCCAGUUCACAACAGAUAUUGAUGCCCCCAAGAACCUACGGGUUGACUCCCGCACAGCAACCAGCCUUGACCUCGAGUGGGACAACAGCGAAGCGGAGGUCCAGGAGUACAAGGUUGUGUACAGCACCCUGGCAGGCGAGCAGUACCACGAACUGCUGGUCCCCGAGGCCACGGGUCCAACCACCAGAGCCACCCUCGACGAUCUGGUGCCGGGCACUGAGUACGGCGUUGGAAUAUCUGCUGUCAUGAACUCGCAGCAAAGCAUACCAGCCACCAUGAAUGCCAGGACGGAACUGGACAGCCCUCGAGACCUCAUGGUGACAGCCUCCUCGGAGACCUCCAUCUCCCUCAUCUGGACCCAGGCCAGCGGCCCCAUUGACCACUACCGAAUCACCUUCACCCCGUCCUCAGGGAUCGCCUCAGAGGUCACCGUGCCCAGGGACAGGAGCGCACACACACUGACCGACCUGGAGCCCGGGGCAGAGUACAUCAUCUCGAUCACCGCCGAGAGGGGUCGGCAGCAGAGCUUGGAGUCCACUGUGGACGCCUUCACAGGCUUCCGCCCCAUCUCGCAUUUGCACUUUUCUCACGUGACCUCCUCCAGCGUGAACAUCACCUGGAGUGACCCAUCCCCCCCAGCAGACAGACUCAUUCUGAACUACAGCCCCCGGGAUGAGGAGGAUGAGGUGACAGAAGUCUCCCUGGAUGCCACCAAGAGGCACGCUGUCCUGAUGGGCCUGCAGCCGGCCACCGAGUACAUCGUGAACCUGGUGGCAGUCCAUGGCACCGUGACCUCUGAGCCCAUCGUGGGCUCCAUCACCACAGGAAUCGAUCCCCCCAGAAACAUCACAAUUAUCAGUGUGACCAAGAACUCCGUGGCUGUCUCCUGGAGCCCCCCUGUUGCAUCUUUGGAUUACUACCGAGUGUCCUAUCGGCCAACGCAAGUGGGGCGGCUGGACAGCUCCGUGGUGCCUAACACUGUGACAGAAUUCACCGUCACCAAGCUGCAGACAGCAACUGAAUACGAAAUUGGUCUUAACAGCGUGCGGGGCAGGGAGGAGAGUGAGCGUGUCUGCAUUCACGUGUACACAGCCAUGGACAACCCCAAGGACCUGAUUGCUACCAACGUCACUCCAACGGAAGCUCUGCUUCGGUGGAGGGCCCCAGAGGAUGAUGUGGAGAGCUAUGUCAUUGUUCUCACACGCUUCGCAGUCGCUGGAGAGACCAUCAUGGUGGAUGGGGACAGUGAGGAAUUCCAGCUGACGGACCUGCUCCCCAGCACACACUAUACCGUCAGCAUACACGCCACCAGCAAGCCCCUCACCAGUGGGCACCUCGUUAAGAAGCACCUCACCAGCGGCACCGUCAGCACCAACUUCUCUACACUCCUGGACCCUCCUGCAAACCUGACAGCCAGCGAAGUCACCUUACAAAGCGCCCUGAUCUCCUGGCAGCCUCCCAGAGGGGAGAUUGAGAACUACGUCUUGACCUACAAAUCCACCGACGGAAGCCGCAAGGAGCUGAUUGUGGACGCGGAGGACACGUGGAUCCGACUAGAGGGCCUCUCUGAGAGCACCAACUACACCGUCCUCCUGCAGGCGGCCCAGGACGCCCAGCAGAGCAGCGUCACCUCCACCACCUUCACCACAGGGGGCCGGGUGUUCCCGCACCCGCAGGACUGCGCCCAGCACCUGAUGAACGGGGACACGCUGAGCGGGGUCUACACCAUCUUCCUCCGUGGGGAGCCCCGCCAGAAGCUGCAGGUGUUCUGCGACAUGACCACGGACGGCGGCGGCUGGAUCGUGUUCCAGAGACGGCAGAACGGCCAAACCGACUUCUUCCGGAAGUGGGCGGAGUACCGAGUUGGCUUCGGGAACCUGGAGGAUGAGUUUUGGCUGGGGCUGGACAACAUCCACAGGAUCACGUCCCAGGGCCGCUACGAACUGCGCGUGGACCUGCGGGACGGCCAGGAGGCCGCCUUCGCCUACUACGACAAGUUCUCCGUGGAGGACAGCAGGAGCCUGUACAAACUCCGCGUCGGCACCUACAACGGCACCGCAGGGGACUCGCUCAGCUACCAUCAGGGACGCCCUUUCUCCACCGAGGACAGAGACAAUGACAUUGCAGUGACCAACUGCGCCCUGUCGUACAAGGGGGCGUGGUGGUAUAAGAACUGCCACCGGUCCAACCUCAACGGGAAAUACGGGGAGUCCAGGCACAGUCAGGGCAUCAACUGGUACCACUGGAAAGGCCACGAGUUCUCCAUCCCCUUUGUGGAAAUGAAGACGCGCCCCUACAACCCCCGUCCCUCGGCGGGGCGGAAACGGCGGUCCUUGCACUUCUGAGCCGUGGGCGGCCGCCAGCCAACUGACCUUUCCUGUCCUUUGUCUUUUAUAAUAUGACACCAGGGGUGAGGGGGUCAUGGUACUGUGCUUUGCUACAUACGAUGGGUGUAGGGGGAAGCCGGGGGCAGCAGGAACCAGCCGAGAACUAGCUGCCCGUGGUUCCUGCUGCCCUCAAGCUGGACCUCAGUCCACCCUCCCUCCUACCCGGCCAACCUUGACCUUCCCCUCUCAUCCCACCCAGGAGGAAAGGGAGGUGUUUGCUUCAAAGACCAAUUCAAAGGCAAGUCCUGGAGUCGGGUGGCUGUGGGGACAGGCAUGUGCCUUCUCCCCUCUCCUUCCUUCCGAGACGCCCUUCACGCCCACGGGUUUGUUCUGGUCACUGCCUUCGAUGACCAGGUGCUCCCCUAGUCCACGGGGGAGCCUCGGCAAGAGCUUCGUGAGCGACUCCCCCGAGGAGGCGGCAGUUUGACCUCCCCCUGUCCCGCCAACCCGAGGUCUCCCGGAGCUGCACGCCUGUCCCAGUGAGGCCUGAGUCACCACCCACCCUCUUUGGGAGUGGAAGGGGGGCGCAGGGUGGUUGUGCUUUUCAGCACCUGGUGGCCAGGCCUUGAGCAAAGGACCAAAGGAGGAGAAUUCAGGGCAUCUGCCAGUGAGAUGCGAGGUCCCGUGGGGAGCCCAGGUCUCCCCUGGCUCUGAUUUCUUUCCAGUCCUACGUGCCAUGAAUUUUUGGGGGGUUUUUUGAGUUGCAAAUUAACUUCUAUCUUCAUUCAGGCUCCCCUUUGUGUGAGUAGCUUAAUAAGAGUCAGACAAAGAGGUUUCUAUGGCCAGCCAGCCAUUGUCCUGACUGAUAAGCCCUGGGAAGAGGAACCAUUUGGGGGUUUCGUGCUUGGUUUUUUUUUUCCUCUUUUUUGGUCCCACGGGAAACAGGAGCGACCUCCUUAAUGCGGUGAGGUCAUGAGGAGCUUUCUCCGUCUCCUUUUAUUACUCUGCCUCGGAGAGGAACAAUGAAAAGCGCCAGAGGGAAAUGCAUCCAGAAAUCCACAGGUGGACGGGGAGGGCUGCGGGCCCACGUUCCAUCUGACAGGACGUGCUGUCUUCACCGGUGUGAUUUGAUGUUUAAGCCCCAACAGGCCCCUGCAACUGCUCCAAACCCAGCGUUGCUGCAGCCGUCCCUACCGCAUCCACCGCAUCCACCUUCCGUCUGCCAGCUGCCCCCACCCCGUCGUCCUCGGGGCCCCAGCCCCACUUCCUGUACCAGCACGAUCCAGCCGGGGCAUCCGGGCGCCCUCCCUGGCCGGUCACAAUGAGCCCGAGUCUAGAUGGUUUUCCCAUGGAGCCCCCCGCUGUCUAAGCAAGCUCUGACAGCCAGGAAAGAACCAUCCCCUGGGCAGACACUCACACCUGUGAUGUCAUGGGAAGUCACGCUGCAGGGGUGGUUGGGACUGACAUACGCAGUGCUGAACAACAGCGGUGACGUUUUCAUUUCUCAGUUCACCAUAGGCCUCGAAAAAACUAGGAGAAACCUGGGGAAAACAAAUCCUUUCUAGAAACCUGUAAAUUAAAUAAGACUUAGCCAGAGUGGGCCACCAGUGACCAGCGGGAGGCAGGCUGCAGAGGAAACUUAGAGGCUCAGCUCUAGACACUCCGCUGGCUGUGUGACAUCAGGGAGGUCGCUGUACCUCUCUGGGCCUCGGGUCCCUCACCUGUCCCAGGACAGAUUAUGGCUUCUAACUUCCCUUUCGGCUUUGACAGCCAGCAGUGCUCCCCUGUGAUCUGAAAUCUGAGUGGGAACUGGCCUUGGUAAGACAGCACAAUCAGGUAACAAAGACUCUCCCGAAACCCUGCUGUAGUUAGGAAGGAAGGAUGGGAGAAAGGGAGGGAGGGAGCGAGGAAGGCUGAUUCAGGGGUCGUAAAUAAAACGCACACUCACACUGCAGAGAGGAUUAUGAGGAGCAGGAGACUGCACGCAUUUUGUCCACAAAAGCAGAGCCCCAGGACCUGGGUGGUCCCCCACAGCCCACCUCAGCAAGGGGACUGAAACAGGACAGGACUCUGAACCCUCACGUCGUCGCCGUUCUGGUGAAAGCCCACGGCAUCCAUGGAAACCUAAAUCCGCCUUUUGCUGGAGCCAGUUUACCCUGCAGAGCACUUCUAUAAAUAGUCUUCGCAGAACUGCCCAGAUUCAGGCUAAAGAACUUGAAAGCAAGAAAGGGACUUCAAAGCUUAGCUCGCCCAACCUUCUAUAGAAGGGCUUCUGCGUUCCUUUCAUUAAGUAGACUAAUUUACUCACGAGUCCUUACUAUAUUUAACAGACCGUGCCCAUUCUCUGCCCAAGGCCUAGGGUCAACUUGAGCCAGAGCUUUCUGCCUUCACUCACUGGUUCCUGCUAACCCGGCUCCUCCCAGCUCUUCCCAGGGGUGGACCCGGGACUCGCCGCCCACUAGGCACUCACCCUGAGCCCCGAAGCUUCCCUCCAGGGACACAACAGGGACAGAGCAGCCCUGCCCAGGAGUCACAUCCGGAUGUGGACUUACAGAAGCAAACAAAACCCCACCAGUGACAGCAGCAGGCUCACUGCCCACACCCGGGAGCAGGCAGUCUGUCCCGUUUGUGUUCCCCCAUCAGAAAAGGGUGGUUUCCCCAGGGUACACUCACAAUCCCCUAGGUCCCUUCUGGAAGGUGAAGGAGCCGCAGGAGCUAAAAAGCAGAGGGGGUGGGGAGAAUGGGGAAGGCAGGUCUGUGGAAAACUGCUGGCCCUUGGGGCCACAUCUGGAGGAGGGAGACUUCUGAGUGUCACCACCAGGUGGCGGGCACAGCCCCAGGCCCCUUCUGUAACCCCGUGUGAACCCCCAUGGGGGUGAGGACAAGAGCCUCCAGGCUUCCAGAAGAAUCCAGACCAAGCUAAGAUCCACGAAAAUAAGCCCACGGAUUUGCACAAGAGACUGAGUUGUAAAAAAAUAAUACAACAACAAAAAUGGCAGCAAGGAAAUGCAGAGCCAACUUCGCAAACCCACGCCACCCUUCACAGACCCAUCCUCACAAAGAAGUAAGAGACUGCGCAUCCGCUCCGUCCAUGUCCACCGGGGAAUCCACCAGCUCCCUGCGCCGAGCAGGCCCCUCAAAGACAGACCCGGACAGCCCAGGGCGCCAGGGCGCGGGGGCCAAGCCGAAGCAGCCUGCCCACAGGUCGACUUUUCAGACCCAGUGCCAGGUCGGAGCUGUAGACUGAGGCACAAAAGGUUGUCAUGGAACCUGUUCAGAAAGCCCUUUGAAAAGUGUCAGUUGAGAAAGGGUUCCCAAGUUCCUCUUUGUCUGUGACAACAGGAUGCACCAAGCCGAGGAGCUGAAGUCGGCUCCCUGGGGCCUGGGUGUGCAAGGGCUCUUGGGGCUUCAAAAUAGUUUCUCUCUUUCUUUCUUUUUUGGUAAACCUCCACCCAGCAUUUCAGGAAAGGUGGAGCCACUGACUCCAAUGUGGGCUUUUCUCUGGCCUCUUUCUUAUCAGCAGACUCCUCCCACUCGGCCUAAUUCCUUACAAUUCUUUCCCUCCAAAGGGGGCCCUCCUCUGCCACUUCACUAUCUGCCCUUAAAACGCCAAAAACGAAUUUCUGGGAGAUUCCAACGUGAGUUCCACGCCGUAAUCCCAGAGCGGGUGGGACAGUUUGUUUUCACUUGCCAGGAACAGAGAGGGGCCCUGGACCUCAGAGGUCCAGGGUGAAUCAUUCUUGAACCGGGGAGUCUGCCUCUUGGCUGGAGCUCCGGAUUGCGAUAGCUCUGCCCGGCCUCCCUGGAAGGCCCGCUUUCCUCCAGGUGACGGUGACAGGUUGCCUGCCCUUCCGAAGGUGAGCCACAGGCCUGGCUUCCCAGCUGAGCCUGCAGCCUCCCCUGGCUGGGCCACAUUCCUGAAGAUCUUUAACUGCUUCCUCACAUCUUUGUUUCUUCCAUAAUCCGACCCCACACGAGUGUGAUGGGGUUUUCCUCGGCAGCCACAAGGGCACCACCAAGCCAAACGAGAACUCACAGUAUAAUAAACACAACCCUCUAAGAGCAAGUAGGGAAAAUCCCCUGUGAACUUGAAGAGGGCCUGUUGUGGAGGUUCAGGUCCCAUUUAACACAUGCCUCUCUCUCUCAUUCACCCCAAUUGUCCCACACUGGAUUCGUUCAGACCCAAAUGUGUUCCUCAAGCUGGAGAAACAGCUGGGAGGGAGACUAAAAUAUAAAAUGCCACAUGACAAUAAAAAAAUAAACCAGUGGAUCAUUCCAGGCUAAAAGCAAGGCCUUUCCAGACAGGCCCACAGUAAAAAUGCAGAGGCCGGGGAUGCAGGGCCCUGGAUGAGGGGCCGGCAUUAGCUCCCUGCUCUCUGGCCCCCAGCCGCUCACCAGCCCCCUGGCAGAUUGCCCACUGCACCCGAGAAGAAGCCGAGGUCCCCAGGGCCCGUCACUGCCCAGGGACGGAGAAGCAGAGGGACUUUCCUGGCUUGCUCAGCCCGUCCUGCCUGGGCCCCACUUUCUCUUCCCAAGCAUUUCUGGCUAAUUUCUCAAGGUCACCCCUUGCCUGAAGCAUGACUUCAUUGCACCUGCAGCACUUCAUUGUCCCAAUGUCCUUGGCCAGCUUCUCUGUCUUUGGACAGUGUGGCCUGUUCUCCAAACCGGAAAUCCUCCCUCCUUCCUCAGGCUUAAUCAGGCUGCUGCAGAACAUCCAAAUAACACAACCCUUGUCCCUCAGAAAAACGCUGCCCCCUCUGCUAACUUAAUAAAACAGCUCGUCACUGCCAGCCGUGAGGCCGGUGACACUAAAUUUCCAGUUCAGAAACACUUAACCCUUUUCGUCUCCCUGACCGGCUCUCCCAGGUGCUGGUAUUGGUUCAUUGGUCCCAUGGGUUCUUUGGAGUCCACGUGACGUUCCAGGAGGAGUGGAACCCAGAAGUCACAGGGAGGGUUGGGGUCCAAGACGUGGUCAGGAGACAAAGACAUGGAUGAGAGCUAUUGUUUUCUUCCCAACAGUUCAGCAGCCCCAGAGAGACCCUGCGGUGCUUUUUAACAUCCUAUCAUUGGACACUAAUGUGCUCAACACUGCCUCCAAAAGGCAAAUGUUGGGAACACACCUCCAGCACUGGAAGGGAGAGACUCAACUCCCACGUUUCACAGUCCAGGCCAAGAAAGGUUAGGCAACUUGCUCAAGUGCAGGACACAGCUGAUUCAGGUCUGACGUGGGCUUUCAAAUGUUCCUCUCCCCAAAGGAAGGCUAAGAGAUGGGGCAGUAUUGCACUCCCACUGUCUUCCAGAUCCUGCGUUAGGAGCCAGACACACAGUACUUUGCUGAAUCCUCACCAGAGCCCCAACUCGAGUUUAACCAUGUGACAGAUGAGAGGAGGGAGGCACAGACAGGGUCAGGAGCACGCCCCGAAUCACACCGCUACCAAGUGGAGCCGCCGCCAUCAGACACGCUCUGUCUGGUUCUAGAACCCAUGUUCUGCUAUUGCAGGAGCAGCGGCCCCUUGUAAUAUGUGGCCAAGUGGCUACCGUCUUGAAUUUGCUAAUGUUUUUGCCAAGGGUUUUCUAAGGUCACUUCCUCUCCGUCUUCUGAGAAAAGGGAGUUUGAACUGUUUUCGCCACAUACUCCAGGGAUCUUUAACCUCGCCGUCAGGAGUGAGAGCAUCCUGACAGCAGACAGGUCCUUUUUUCUUUUUAAAACAUGGGAAGUGAGGGAGGGGGUCAGAAGGCUGGGAGGGAAGGUGAAGACCAGAACACAGUCGUUCCCCCACCCCCACCCCACCACUUUGGGAAACUGCAGCCCCUUUCUCACCGGUGCAACAUUAGCAAAGUGGAAGAUUCCAGAGCUAUUCUCCCCAAACCAGGGCAGGCAACGCCAGGACGGCAGGGGGAGCCACAGAACGAACAUGGAGGUGUCUCCCGGGUGUUGACUUUACUCCUGAACCAGGGAGGGAAAAGGUUACAUUACUAAUGUAUUCAGACCGAUGCGGGUGGUAUCGAAUGCAGAAAUCCCAAGAGUUUUUAAGCUGAAACUGGCAUGUUCCAGACUAAUGUGGGCUCCCUUCCCCAGACUCUCGGGGGCACAAGGACAGCUCUCCUCGUGGCCCCUGCAGGAGCGCAGCAGUGGACGUGUUUGUAGAAUGAGGCCAGAAGAAGGCAGGUGACAUUCAUUCAUUCCCCAGUUCUUCUUCCCUCUCCCUUCUUGUUUCCACCUCCCCAGUGGGCCAAGGAGCUCGCAGGACAGUGGGCUCUCUCUGCCCCUUUGAGAAGGAAAUCUGUUCCUAGUGACCAGCUGCCAGGCCAAAACCCCAGGAAUGCACCCCUUUCUCUGAAAUGAGUGACACUUCCAUACGCAGGACAGAUGGCUCUCCCCAGCAGCUAUCUGUUCUGCACGUCAUGGUCGUCGUCCACACAGGGCUGCUUGGGCAGCAGUGACCCCCUGUGCUGGAAGCAGAAGACACCGUGGCCAGUGCAGUCACGUCAACCAAGAGGCGAGAGUGCUCCCCGACCAACGCCCUCCCCCACUCACGUCCCCUCAGAGGCCUGGACUCCCAGCCUCCUCCCAUCAGUCUCCGGGCUCCUCCCUAACAUCCACACCUCCCCCAGCCCAGUGUUUCCAACCUCAAAUACACUGGGGCCCUGAGGCAUGCCAGGCACGCUAAGGGGCCACUGUGACCUUGAUGGAGGCGUUCCCGGGGCUGGGCCCGCUGAAACCCACCUCACCGUGGUCCUGAGAACUCACGACACCAAAUCCUCCGGUCCUUCCGAAUUUGCGUUUGCCAUUUUAACACUUAAUAGCCUUCUGGGGUAAAAAUAACAAGACCAAUUGACUGACUUUGUAGCUACAGCGUGCUUGGAAAAGCAUUUACUUCAAGACUGGAAGGAAGAAGGAAAACAAGGAGAAACUGGAGUCCACCCUCCUUGGGCGGUGCGCUCGCUAAGGAACUGAAACAAAAAGAAAACGUCCAGGAAAGGAGCGGACAGACCAAUGUCCCCCGACCUUUCACGCGCUGUAGCUCAAAGACCGGGAUCUCCGCCUGUUAACCAUUGUUAACUAGUAUUUCUAGUCCGGGUUGCUUUUAGCCUCUGUAUAGUUCCUUUUUUAAACACAUUUUCUAUGCGUUAA